AGUUUAGCCUCUUAUUGGGACCAAUGCGCAUGGCAAUCACUUGGAUGGCCUAAAGUGUGUUACAAAACUCCACGCGAACUGGUUCGGCUUUGGUUCCAGGCAGACGGGCAAGUAUGAUUCGAAACCUGACAAACAAUUUACUGUACAGAAAAGUAGGAACUACAAAAGCAUGCCUGCUGUUGGGAAAUAAAAAUCUACGAGAGGCACAAAACAAAACUUUCUACCAGUUAUGGAAAGAAUUGCAAUUAAGAUGUUAUGCUGCUGAAUCAGCCAAGAAAGUUUUUGAUAGAACAAAGCCACAUGUAAACAUAGGUACAAUAGGUCACGUGGAUCAUGGCAAAACAACAUUAACAGCCGCAAUCACAAAAACUCUUGCAAAUGCUGGCGGUGCGAAGUAUAAACAAUAUGCAGAUAUUGACAAUGCUCCGGAAGAAAAGGCGAGAGGUAUUACAAUCAAUGCAUCGCAUGUGGAAUACGAAACAGAAAACCGGCAUUACGGACACAUCGAUUGUCCAGGGCAUGCAGAUUAUAUCAAGAACAUGAUUACUGGAGCAGCGCAAAUGGAUGGUGGUAUCUUGGUGGUUGCAGCAACAGACGGACAGAUGCCGCAGACCAGAGAGCAUCUUCUUCUUGCUAAUCAGGUCGGAGUUAAGAACUUAGUUGUCUUCAUAAACAAAGCAGAUGCUGUUGAUGAUAAGGAAAUGCUUGACCUGGUCGAAUUAGAAAUGCGUGAAAUUUUGUCUCAGUAUGGCUAUGAUGGUGAUAAUACUCCUGUCAUCAUUGGUUCGGCCUUGUGCGCCUUAGAAGACAGAGAAAAUGAGAUUGGAUACAAUGCGAUUUUAAAACUGCUCGAGGCAAUCGACUCACAUAUCCCGACUCCAACACGUGACCUGGACAAGCCCUUCUUAUUGCCUGUCGAAGAUACGUUUUCCAUUUCUGGACGUGGUACUGUUGUGUCUGGGAGAGUUGAGAGGGGAAGAAUUAACAAGGGUGACGAAGUUGAGAUUACCGGUCACGGCACCACCCUCAAAACAACAGUUACAGGACUAGAAAUGUUUCAUAAGCAACUGGACAACGGCCAGGCUGGAGACAAUCUUGGGGCUCUGGUGAGAGGAAUUAAAAGGGAAGACGUUAAACGUGGAAUGGUCAUGUGUGCCCCAGGAUCAAUCAAAUCAUACACUAAGUUUGAUGCUCAGGUUUAUAUACUAAAGAAAGAGGAAGGAGGCAGACACAAGCCUUUUGUCAGCAACUACACACCACAGCUCUAUGUGAGAACGGCCGAUGUGGCAGCCGCCAUCAAGCUACCUGAAGGAGUAUCUUUUGUCAUGCCUGGAGAUGAUGCCAAGUUCAGUAUGGCUCUCAUGCAUCCACUGCCUAUUGAAAUUGGCACAAGGUUUACGUUACGAGAGGGCAGCAGGACUGUUGGCACCGGAGUUGUCACCAAUUUGAUAGAGUAGUUGAAUCCACAAAUAGUUGAUUGAUUACAUGCUUCCUCUCUCGUCAAAGACAGCAUAGCUCCAAGAACAAAAUACAAUGUGCUCAAUUUAUGUAGAAUGUGUGAGUCUGUAUGGAUAUACAUGAUAGCAUUAACCUUCCUUUUCGUUGUCAAUAUUUAAAGAUAUUGCGUAGUGCGUUUGCCGCUUCAAAAUUUUAUGUACAAUUAACAAUAUUGCUUGUUGA